AUGAAGCCAUCUACGCUCAUUUUUACCUCUCAACUCCUGGGUAGCGCGAGUGCUUUUCUUGCUUACAGGGAGUCAACAGUCGAACGAUGGGUUGAAAAAGGUGGUUCCGAGGCUUGUGGCAAGGUGAUGUUGACAGACAUCAACUGUGAUGCUAGCCUUGACGGCGCAGGAAGCACUGGCUGGGAAGGCUCGAUUGAGGGGGACGACGAUUUCACCAUCACCGAUAGCAUCUGCGCCAAAAAUUGCGGCAACUCCCUCCAGGAAUGGGCCAACGCCUUUGCCAAAUACUGCGAACCGGAACACAUGCGUGUGCCCAACAUGGUGGAGGGUCGAAGACAGAUUUGCGACAAGGAUGCCAAGACAGGAAAAUACUGCAACACUAUCAUCGAUUCAUUCCCCUUUGUGAGCGAUGACGAAGAACUUCCUGCCAAGUACCUCUGCGAGCCUUGUUAUGUCCGACGUCUCUGGGGAUUCGAUCUCAGCACUUACAGUCCUGCCAACAGUUGGAUCAUAACCCAGCGUGAGCGCAUGGACAAGCUAUGUCCCAAGUCAGUGCUAGUUGAGAAAAAGGUGACAAGUAUUCUAAAAGACCCAGCUACCACAGCGCAGCCUUGGUUGGAUUCCUCGCAAACCCCAGCCAAUGUCAACAGUGAAGCCGAGACCACUUCAACUCCAGAGAGUACCGAAACCGCAUCAUCAACAAUCACUACAGUACCUUCAACCAUUGCAAUGCCUUCUGUCACUGAACCGUCGGAGAGUAACGCAGCUGAGAGGAUUGGACAUGGCCAUUGGUCGCUUUUACUUAUUUUAGGCAUUAAUGUCUUUUAUCUAUGA